GUGCCUGGCUACGGGGAGCGCGUAGGGAAGGAAACCGAGGGGGAAGGGGCGGUGGGUGUGCCUCCCCCCCCACGAGCACCACUUCGCUAGCAGGGGGAGGGGAAGGCUCCGCUGCUCCUGCCAGACCUCUUUCCCCGCGCCCUAUGGCGGGCCAGCCCGCGGGCGCCCUACUGGCCGGCUAAGCCGUGCGCCUCGCCUCUUCAUGGCUAGCUGCACCUCCAAGGCCGCCGCGUCCCUGUUCAAGCGCACUCUGGCCCGCGCGGGAGGAGGUGCUGGUGGUGGAGGAGGAGGAUCUGGAGGCGGCGGCGGCGGCUGCUGCUUAGGCGGGGGCCGGGCGCGUCCCGGAUCCGGCCCCCAGCGCCUCCCCCAGCCGCCGCCCCCGGCCUCUCGGCCCCGCUUUCUGACCGCUCCGCCGCCGGGGGUGCCGGCGCCUGCUCUCCUCUUGCAGGACUCGCUCAGCGACAGCCUCCGCGUCUGCUACAAAUACUUGAACCAGACCAGCCGGAGCUUCGCCGCCGUCAUCGAAGCGCUCGACGGGGAGCUGCGCCAUGCGGUAUGCAUCUUCUAUUUGGUGCUCCGAGCCCUGGACACAGUUGAGGACGACAUGACAAUCAACCUGGAAACCAAGGUCCCCAUGUUGCACAACUUCCACUCCUACCUGUAUCAGCCGGACUGGAAAUUCAUGGACAGCAAAGAGAAGGACAAGCAAGUCCUUGAGGAUUUCCCAACAAUCUCCUUGGAGUUCCGCAACUUGGCAAAGGUCUACCGGGAUGCGAUUGCUGAAAUUUGCCACAAGAUGGGACUUGGGAUGGCUGAGUUUUUGGAGAAGAAGGUGGAUUCUGAGAAGGAGUGGGACAAGUAUUGCCAUUACGUUGCUGGCUUGGUGGGGAUUGGUCUUUCCCGGCUCUUCUCUGCAUCCAACCUGGAAGACCCCAUUGUCGGCCAGGACACGGAGCUUGCCAACUCUUUGGGGCUUUUCCUGCAGAAAACCAACAUCAUCCGGGACUAUCUGGAGGAUCACCUCGAGGGCCGAGAGUUUUGGCCCAGAGAGGUUUGGAGCAAGUAUGUGAAGAAGAUGUCUGAUCUGGCUAAGCCAGAGAACCUCGACAAGGCCGUUCAGUGCAUGAACGAGCUCAUCACCAACGCCCUGCAUCACGUUCCUGACGUCUUGACAUACCUGUCCCGCCUGAAGAACCAGAGCGUCUUCAACUUCUGCGCUAUUCCGCAGGUGAUGGCCAUAGCUACCUUGGCUGCCUGCUACAACAACCAGCAGGUCUUCAGAGGCGUGGUGAAGAUUCGGAAGGGACAAGCCGUCACUCUGAUGAUGGAUGCCACCAACUUACAGGCUGUGAAAGCCAUCAUGUACCAGUAUGUGGAAGAGAUCCACCAGAAGAUCCCAAGUACGGAUCCUUCCUGCAGCAAAACUCAACAGAUUGUCACCUCUGUCCGAUCCAUGAGCUUACCCAGCGGCGCCCUGGUCUCCCGGAUCCAUUUCUCUCCCAUCUACCUGUCCUGCGCGAUGCUUUUGGCUGCAUUGAGCUGGCAGUAUUUGAGCACCGUCUCAAAAGCAGCCGAGGAAUAUGUGCACACUGGCGAGAACUGAGAGCCCAGCUUCCAGGGACAUCGUGCCGUUCUGAAGGGGAAGGGUCUGUUGCUGGUGCUGGUGUUUUUUCCCCCCCCCCAAUCCCGUCCUUGCCCUUUUGGAAUGGGUGAAUUCAUCUAUAUCCCAGGACUGUUAGGAGCAGAGCUCAGAAUUGUUAAUUGCAAGAUUUCACUAGCAAUUGCUGCUAGCUUUGAAGCAUCUAACAAAUAGCAGUUUCCAGAUGAGUCACACAUGCACACAGUCUCCCUGCCCCCCUUUUGGAUGAACUGGUUACAGACAAGUCUCCUGUUUGAGUCUGUCUUAAUAUUCCCCCCCCCCCGGCCAGGUUAUUUUCUGCAGUCUGUUUUGAUCUGCAAAGUUUUUUGUUGUUGUUGGGAUGUUUUAACUAGGAAGUUUAAAGGUGCCUUUAUUGCUUGUAAAUGUUGAAAGUAAAACAUAAUAAUGCUGUGA